UUGUCCAUCCUGAAGCCUGAAGACUUUUACAAAGAAAGUUAGGUUAUAUCGUAGCAUCCUAAAAAUCCUUAUUGUGUGUAAACAAUCUCAACUAUACAGUUUGAUUUGAUUUUCUAGCAAUAAUGUCGAUUGAAAUAGAAUCUGCUGAUGUCGUCAGAUUGAUUCAACAAUACCUAAAAGAAUCAAACUUGGUGAAGACACUGCAAACUUUACAGGAAGAAACUGGAGUUUCAUUGAAUACAGUCGACAGUAUCGAUGGAUUCGUCUCUGAUAUAAAUAAUGGACAUUGGGACACUGUACUCAAAGCUAUCCAAUCCUUGAAACUACCCGACAAAAAACUAAUUGAUUUAUACGAACAAGUUGUAUUGGAACUAAUAGAACUGCGUGAGUUGGGAGCAGCCAGGUCUCUGCUGAGACAAACUGAUCCCAUGAUAGUCAUGAAACAGCAGGAGCCAGAACGUUACAUACAUCUUGAAAACCUGCUGGCCAGAUCGUACUUUGACCCGCGUGAGGCAUACCCGGAGGGCGUGAGCAAAGAGAAGCGGCGAAACGCGAUCGCUCAGGCGCUGUCCGGCGAGGUCUCAGUGGUUCCCUCCUCCCGUCUCCUCGCCCUGCUCGGUCAGGCUCUCAAAUGGCAGCAGUACCAGGGACUCCUACCUCCAGGUACGACGAUUGAUUUGUUCCGCGGCAAGGCGGCGAUGAUCAGAGACCAGGAGGAGGAGAAGUACCCGACGCAACUGUCCAAGCAGAUCAAGUUCGGCCGCAAGUCGCAUGUGGAGUGCGCGCGCUUCUCGCCCGACGGCCAGUUCCUCGUGUCCGGCAGUGUUGACGGAUUCAUCGAGGUCUGGAACUUCACCACCGGCAAAAUACGAAAGGAUCUCAAGUACCAGGCUCAGGACAAUUUCAUGAUGAUGGAAGAGGCAGUACUGUGCCUGGGAUUCAGUCGUGACUCGGAAAUGUUGGCGAGUGGCUCGCAAGACGGCAAAGUGAAGGUGUGGAAAAUCACGACCGGUCAAUGUCUGCGCAAAUUCGAGAAGGCUCACUCCAAGGGCGUCACCUGUCUUCAGUUUUCACGCGACAACAGUCUCGUUUUGACGGCUUCGUUUGACACAGUUAUCAGGAUUCACGGACUAAAAUCUGGCAAAUCUUUGAAAGAGUUCAGAGGACACAAUUCUUUUGUAAAUGACGUCAUAUUCUCAAAUGAUGGCCACAACUUGUUAAGUGCAUCAUCGGACGGCACAGUGAAAGUGUGGAGCGUGAAGUCGACAGAAUGCCUGAACACAUUCAAGUCGCUUGGAGCCGGCGACAUCACCGUGAACAGCAUCCACCUGUUGCCCAAGAACCAGGAGCACUUUGUCGUCUGCAACCGCACCAACACAGUCGUCAUCAUGAACAUGCAGGGCCAGAUUGUCAGGUCGUUCUCCAGUGGUAAGCGAGAGGGCGGUGACUUUGUCUGCUCCACUCUCUCGCCCCGCGGUGAAUGGAUCUACUGUGUCGGUGAAGAUCUUGUGCUCUACUGCUUCUCUGUAUCAUCCGGAAAACUCGAGAGAACUUUGAAUGUACACGAGAAGGAUGUUAUUGGAAUAUCGCAUCAUCCUCAUCAAAAUCUGAUCUGCACUUUCAGUGAAGACGGUCUUCUUCGGUUAUGGAAACCAUAAUUUCAUAAUUUAUUUUUUAUAAGACCUUGUGUGUAUGAAAACUUGAAUCUACCUUAUUACAUAAUUCAUUCACUGGCAGUAUGUAAUUUAAUUUGUGUUAACUACAAUAACUUUUGGAUAGAAUAAAACAAAAGAAAGAUUUUUCUAUUGAAAAGUGUCAUUUGAAACUAUAUUGGUGAAAUGAUUAUUAUCAUAUUUCUUGUUAGUCUCUGAUAGUAUUUUUAAUUUCUUAUAGUGUAUGACUCACAUUGACAUUGCAAUCAAUAUAGCUUAGAGGAUAGGUAGUAUUGUUUUGAAGACUUUGAGAUACUACCAUAUCAACAAUGUUGUUAGUUUGAUAGAAGUGACAAUGGGCCAUGUGAAUAAAGUUGAGAAUUUGCUUAUACUUCUAAAAUAUUGAGCAUAAUAUGCUUCAUCUUCUAUGAAUAAAUGUGAGCAAAACCUUUUGCUCAUCAAAAAAAUAGUUUGAGCAUUUGAUCAAAAGUAAAGCUUAUGCUCAAGAUUGUAUGAAUAAACUAGAAAAAUUUGCUCAACUUUUGAAGCUAUUCAACUAUUCAUAUAAAAAUGAGCAAAUUCUUAUGCUUCUACCUAAUGCUCAUGAACAAAACCUUAUGCUCCAUGCUCAUGAGCAUAUGCACAGUUUUUAUUCAUACGGCCCAUUAUCUCAAUUGAAUUCACAAUUUUAAUCAUGGAUUGGCUCCCAUUCAUUAAUCUUAAUUCUUACAAAUUGUAUCAUUAAUCAUUUGUGACUCUCAAGGAAAACUCCCUGCCGUGUUUGAAUGUUGCAACGCACACAGAAGUCGGCCUGUCUUCAUUUAUGUAUGCUCACGUCUGCAUACAGACGUUUGAUUUUCUCUCUAUCUGUUGCUGCAUGCAUUCGCAUUUAAGGUGGAAUUCCUAAGCAACGAUUAGCCGCGCUGUAUUAAUUGUAGUAGUCUAUCAUUGUAUAUUAUUGUAGUCUAUAUAACAUGUCGACUACAGCCCUUAAUACAGCCGUCGUUAGAGUCGUUGCUUGAGAAUUCCACCUCAGGGUGUAAACAUAAAAUGUACUCCAUACUUUUGUAACAUUAUAUUUCGGAAUAAACUUGAAUUCUGUAGAAAA